AUGAAGCUGAGCAUAUUACACUGGGGCCUCCUGCUUCUUUGUAUUGUAGGCUUCUGCAGCCAGCUAGUGUCCGCUGGCAACCAAAGCUCCCGAGGACAGACAGGGUCAAAACAGGAGAGGACAGGGACUUGUGAAGUGGUCGCUGCUCAUCGUUGCUGCAAUAGGAACAAGAUUGAAGAACGCUCUCAAACAGUCAAGUGCUCCUGCUUCCCAGGACAGGUGGCAGGGACAACAAGGGCUCUGCCCUCUUGUGUUGAGGCCUCUAUUGUGCGUCACAAGUGGUGGUGUAAAAUGGAGCCGUGUCUUGAGGGGGAGGAGUGCAGAGUUCUCCCUGACCUCACUGGCUGGUCAUGUAUCUCUGGGAACAAAGUAAAGACUACAAAGGUGAGGAGAGGGCCUGCAUUAGUCUGA